AUGCUCUCAGCUACGCCAUCACCAGUCACCAUCAUAGCAUUCGUGACACGGAAGCCCGGCACGACGCUCGAGGACUUCAAGACAUACUUUGAGACGAGGCACGCGCCUUGGGUCAUUUCCCUCGUCGAGGCGGGCUGCGGAGCCCAAGUCCUGCCCCUGAGCUAUGCGCGGUACUACCGUGACGACGGCAAGGCUGCGUCUCUGCCCGUCGGACCGGGAGACUAUGACGCCGUGUCCUGCGUGACUUUUCGGGACAUGCAGCACCGGGACGAAUACCUCGCCGAGAUCACCAAGCGCUACGAGGCAAUAGGCGCGGACGAGGAGACGUUUAUGGAUCGCAGCAAGCUCAAGGUCAUGACUGGCUCGGAUAUGACGUGGUGA